UUUCCCGGCCGGCGCCGGGUAGAAAUCCCUCCUACCAGUCCCGGUCCUUCUGCUCCCUCCCGUUUCCCUCCCUUUUACAGUUCCGACGGGGACGUGAUUCCGACAGUGGUGCCAGAGCUUCAAUCCAAGAGAUCAUCACAGAGCCGAGGGAUAAUCAUCAGCGGAUCGGAGGGUUACAGGCAUAGCUGGUGUUACUUUUGUUUUCGAUCGGUGGAGGUUUGGUAUUCUCUCUGUGGUUCUAAAGAGGCUUUUGCACUGAAGUUGCUUCCAUGAUCUCCAGCCUGUUCUUCAAGCUUUUGAUGAAGUUCGGGAGGAAAAUGGUUUGGGAAAAGAUUGUCUUGCUGUAAAAGUUAGUGCAUCGUUACGUUGGAGUUUCUGAAGAGAUGUCUGGACAGAAGUAUAGAGAAGAUACGAAGGACUGGCCCUUGGAGAAUGAACUGGCAUUCAUUCAGAUCCUGCUCGAAAAAAUUAAACAAAUGGGAAAUAUUUCCUUUAAGAGAGCAAUCUGGAGUGAAAUGGACGGUGAGCUCUAUGCAGCAGCGGGAGAGAGGUAUGGCGUGGAGAAACUGCGAGGGAAGUUCAACAGGCUACGAAAGAAGUACCGUGAAUUCUCGGAAUUGAUUGCACACAAUCAUGUUGUAUGGGAUCGUGCCUCAAACAAAGUUCUCGCUCCAGAAGAUGUGUGGAUGAAGUUUUUCCUGAAAGGGAAAUCAUACAAGGCCUUCCGCAAGAGGGGUUGUGACCAUUACGAGCUUCUCGGCCAAAUCUUUGGCAAAACUUCUCCAACUGCAUUUGCCCAAUAUUCUUCUUCCACUCACCGGCAGUUGGAGGAAGAAUUUCUUGCCACAAGAAUCAGUGACAGUGAACGAGAUAGCCAGGGAGAAGGUGACAGUGAUAGCUUCACGGACCCCAGAGGGAAACGGUCGUGUGAUUUCGUUGUUGAGGAACGGUCCAGGAAGAGAAACGCGACGGAGAGUACAGUGGAGGCCUCCGUCACAAAGAGUGAGGUGCCUAGGCUCAAGUGCGGGAGUGGGAAGGGCACGUCAGAGAGGGUCACGACCACGACUCCUGAGAAGAACGACCCGUACUCCAUCGAGUUUUGUAUGGAGGUCCUGAACUCGUUGGAGGACAUCUCGACCGCUUCCUACAACGCCUGCCUGGAGAAGUUCACGGACCGAGACUGGAGGAAGAUGUUCAUGAUGAUGCCAGUCACAAGGAGGAAGGGUUGGUUGGAGGGUCUGAUCUAGUACGUACAUGUUUGGUUAGUUUUUGGUUUGUUACAUAGUUAGGUUAGUCAAAAUGCAUCUGGUAGAUGGUAUUGUAGUUGUCUUACAUAUAUACAUAUGAAAAUUGUGUUUUGCUUUUGUUUGGAUUAGUAUGUUCUCGUCUGCAUUUAUAAUGAGGAAGGAAUGUUAGGGUCUUUGUGAAUGGCUAGUGAAGGUUGCUAGGUA